GCCAGCGCGCGCCCUCUCUCUCCGCCUCGGACUUGCUCCUCUGCGGACCGCUCUCGCGAGCAAACUUUUCCUCCUCCUCCUCCUUCCUCUCCUUCUUCCUCUUGUGCUAACUUCUCUUUGCCUUUGACUCCUAGGCGCCUCGGGCUCCUGCUGCAGCAGCCAUGGCUCCCAUCCGCCCUACAGAACUGAAACUUGGCAAAAAAAUAAAUGAGGGGAAAACAAAGGAGGUUUAUGAAUUGCCCAGCAUUCCUGGAUGUGUGCUUUUACAAUCAAAAGACCAGAUAACAGCGGGAAAUGCAGCUCGAAAGGAUCUCAUGGAGGGGAAGGCUGCAAUCUCAAAUACCACGACAUGCGCUGUCUUUCAGUUGCUUCAGGAAUCUGGAAUCAAAACUGCGUUUGUGAGGAAACACAGCGACUCAGCCUUUAUAGCUGCUCAUUGUGAAAUGAUUCCCAUUGAAUGGGUUUGCAGGAGAAUUGCUACAGGUUCUUUCCUGAAAAGAAAUCCUGGUGUUGAAGAAGGCUACAAAUUUUACCCUCCUAAAAUUGAGAUGUUUUAUAAGGAUGAUGCAGCCAAUGAUCCACAAUGGUCUGAUGAGCAACUCAUUGAAGUGAAGUUCCAGUUUGCUGGCCUUGAAAUUGGACGAACGGAAGUUGAUAUUAUGGCUCAGUCUACCCGAGCUAUUUUUGAAAUACUUGAGAAAGCAUGGCAGCCCCUGAACUGUACUUUAGUGGACAUGAAGGUUGAGUUUGGUGUUUGUGUGGCUACAAAAGAGAUCGUUCUUGCCGAUGUCAUUGAUAAUGAUUCUUGGCGGUUGUGGCCAUCUGGAGACAGAAAACAGCAGAAAGACAAACAGUCAUACCGUGAUCUCAAAGAAGUAACCCCUGAAGCACUGCAGAUGGUGAAGAGAAACUUUGAAUGGGUGGCCGAAAGAGUGGAGAUGUUGCUGAAACCACAGAGCCAAGGCAGAGUGGUUGUGCUUAUGGGUUCAACCUCAGAUCUUGCUCACUGUGAGAAGAUUAAAAAGGCCUGUGGAAGCUUUGGCAUUCCCUGUGAAUUACGAGUGACUUCUGCUCAUAAAGGACCAGAUGAAACACUAAGAAUCAAAGCAGAAUAUGAAGGUGAUGGCAUUGCCACAGUAUUCAUAGCAGUGGCUGGGAGAAGUAAUGGACUGGGACCUGUGAUGUCUGGAAACACUGCAUAUCCUGUUAUCAACUGUCCUCCAUUGUCUGCAGAUUGGGGUGCUCAGGAUAUAUGGUCAUCACUGAGACUGCCGAGUGGUCUUGGCUGUUCCACAAUUCUUUCACCUGAAGGUGCUGCGCAGUUUGCUGCUCAGGUUUUUGGGCUGAAUAAUCAUUUCAUUUGGGCCAAGCUGCGGGCAAGUAUGUUGAAUACAUGGAUCUCCUUGAAGCAGGCUGACAAAAAGAUAAGACAAGACACUGCAUAGAUUUCUUGUUGGCGUGACACUUCUUAGACAAGAACUCUAAUAACAGAAAGUAACUUUUAUAGUUCUUUUGUCAGAUGUUUUUGCAGGUGGCAUUUUUCUUCCAAACAACUGGAGACUGGGGUUUUUUUUGGAAGCUAGAACAUCAUAUUACUACUAUAGAAUAGUUUUCACUGAUCUGUAUUGAUAUAUAAUCUUGCUCAGAAUAUGCCCACUAGUGAUUCACCAAAACUUUGUAUUCAAAACUUAGCAAUAACAAAUAGAUUUAAUAAGAUCCUAUUCUGGAAUGUAAUUUGGCAUGGUAUUUGUGGACCUGUCUAUGCUGAAGAGAAAGAUAAAAGAAAAUAAAUCACUACAACUGGUAAUAAAAACAUCUUUCACUGUU